UCUCUGCAAAAAAAAAAAAAAAAAAAAACACACUGGUUCGGGAGCUUCUCCAUCCAUCACAAUUCACAAUCUACAAUCUCUCUCUCUCUCUCUCUCUCUCUCUGACCAAUGGCUCUGAACCUGUCUCUCUGUCCUCCCCCCAUUCGCUCUCCCCAGACUCCUCUGUGCUCAGCGAAGCAGUCGAUCGCGCUCUCGUCUUCCUCCUUGGCUCCCUACUCGAAGAGCACCGUGAAUAGCAGUAGAAGAAGUUUGGGCGAGAAGAGGAGCAGCGGGGCUUCCCGUGGUACGGUGGUGCGGUCUAGCCUGGACACGGUCGAGCCCACAGUAAAAGUGGGCCAGGUGACCGAGGUCAACAAGGACACCUUCUGGCCCCUCGUCAAGGCCGCCGGGGACAAGACUGUCGUCGUCGACAUGUACACCCAAUGGUGCGGUCCAUGCAAGGUGAUGGCUCCAAAGUUUCAAGAACUGUCAAAGAAGCAUCUUGACGUUGUAUUUCUAAAGCUUGAUUGCAACCAAGACAAUAAGCCGCUAGCAAAGGAGCUCGGGAUAAAAGUCGUUCCAACUUUCAAGAUUCUCAAAGACAACAAGAUUGUAAAAGAAGUCACAGGGGCCAAGUUUGAUGAUCUGGUCCUUGCAAUUGAGACCGUUAGAUCCAGCUAGUAACUCUUUCUUCUUUUCCCUGCAAAAUGUUCAUAAUAUACUGAAGCGCCUCCACUUCAACCUAAUUAUUGGACUUGUAUGUAUUGGUUGUAUGUUUUCUUUUUCUUUUUUGAAAAUAAUGUUGAAAGGAGAAAUGUAGCACCAUUCUGCUUCCAGAAAA